AUGGAAGCUGAAUUUCAUUCAUCGCCCAAGAUAGCAGCCGCCUGUAUGGCAGGCUAUUGUCUUAGGAGGAAUUUCGAUCGAAAAAAACCUUACAUCAAAGGUUCUUCAAACCAAUAUUACUUACCCAACUAUCAAAGAAGAAAUUAUAAUAAAGUUCAAAACCAGAAUAUAAAUAAAGAACAAAAACCAUUGAAUCGAUAUGCCGUGAAUAAAUCUAACCAAUAUUCCAAACCUCAAGGAUCAAAAUCUCAAAAUAUAAAAAAAGUAAAUCCUUUAUGGCAUGAACAUCGAGAGUAUCGAGAACGCAGAGGAAUAUUUGAACAUGUUGAAGGGUUUGGAAAAAAAUUAGGAAUAAGUUUAAGAAGUUGCAUUCUGCGUGCAAUAUGCGAGAUUAAAACACAGCUUUUGCCAGAAGGUGAAUCAUUUAUAAAUGAUGUUGCAAGGAUAUUUUUUACUAUUCCAACAAAUCAUGAAAACAAAGAUGAUGAUUUCGUUCAAAUGGCACUUGAAGAUAAUGUUGACUGUGUAAGACGAUUUAUGGUUUCUUGUCCACAUAGUCCGUUGCGAUACUUUUUCGAUAAUUUUAGAGCAACAAAUAUGCCACCGAUGAGUGAACAAGAUAUGAUGAGGAAUUUAAUGUAUGCUUAGUAAAGAAACUUUAGACUGAAUAAACAUAUUCAUAUUGUGACGAUUUUUUAAAACAUUUUUUUUAACAUAACAUAAGGUAACAUAACAUA